CGCAAAGUGCGAGAAGAAUGGCUGCAAUUGCGUGGAUCGAAGCAGCCCGGCCACACAUAACCCGUUGGCUGUUCGUGGAGAUGAGGUGGCGAAGCAGGUGGGAGAAACUGAGUUUAAAUUGAGUUUGCAGGUGGAAGAACUGCGUGAAACGGAGAAGUUCUUAAUCGACGAAUGUUUCCGUGCAGUUUUAGACCGACACAGCCGCACUGCUUCAAGCCGCAAGUCACCGCCACCGGCCACAGCUCGAGGAGAAGGGCGUGCUUUCACCACGAAGUCGACUUCGCGACGCUCCUCCAAGGGUUCCAGGACUCCAGCAGUUCUUCCAAGUCUCGGAGAAUCACAGUGGAUGGAGGCCGAUAGAGGCGACGGUUACUUUGACUGUGAGCCAGUGGACCCAGAUGUCGUUGCAGCUUCAAGGCUCCGUAACGAGCUUAAGUACCUUCAGCAAGAUCUGGAUCACCAACUGAAGCUGAUUGCCGACCUCGACCAGCAUCAGCGAAAUGGUGUUCACAAGCACCUAGUCACGUUCACGGACUCGAGUCCGGCGUGCUCUCAGUCCGGUAUAGACGCCGACUUGGCCUCCCGCCGUGAGGCUCUUCGACAGGUUGAGCGUGAAAUAGCAGCAGUGCAGCACCCACAAACCCGAGACGAAUCUCGGUAGGCGGCUAGAACAGCUUUCGAAGUCCGCGAGAAGUACGACCGGCUUCGUGCCGAAUACGGGACCGCGGAAGAGGUCGUGAUGUCCAGUCCUACUUCGCGUGAAUGGGACUUCAGACGCCUUUAUCCGUGGCGUGCUCAACUUGAGCCACAGACACCACCACCCGGAGUCUCGCCGAUGACGCAGGAAGGACAGGACAUGGCUUCGACAGGCUUUCUGUCAUCCAGGGCCAGUAUGAGUCCGGAGACAGAUCCGGAACCGGCGAUAUUAGAUGAUGGCUUGGUCAAGAGACGUCGAAGAAGGGGCUAUCAAACUCGCUGAGGUGCAGGGGUGUUGGAUGGUUGGUUAGACAUAGCCGAGCAUGUAUAGAAUGCAAUAUGGAACAUUGCUGGCUCGGUGUCAUCUU